AACCUACGCCCUGGUCUCAAACUAUGGCGCCAUUUUAAAUCAACGCUUUAGUUAAAACUCUUCUCGCCCUUCACUGCCCAAAUGUUUGUGUUUUGUUUAAAAUCUACCGUGUUUUAUAGAAAUGUAAAGAGGACAACGUGUGUUAAUAAUGGGUUUUGCAGCGUCAGGAAACGAAUAGACGACGAAUUCGGUAGAACUUGUCAGCCAUUGCGAGGUAGGAGAGGAAGUGGAUGUUCGCUUACGUUGCGAGGCAAAAAGUGGGCUGAGCCGUCGAAGGAUAUGAGCUCGUCGGGAGGCGGAGAGGAAGAACACACGCCACAGAGAAGCCGAGCGGGCAACACGAAGAGGAGAACGCGCCCGAGCCAUGCAGACCAAACGGCCACCAAAACGACCAAAAUGGCCAGAAAUGACCGCACCAAACGACGGUGGAUAGUCACAGCCGAGGAUGUUGGCAUUCAACUUGGCGGAUAACGCAAUCCGUCAUCGAAGGACCAGCUCGUCUGACCCAAAGAAAAUGGGUUGACGUCGGGCUACGAAGGCAUUAUGGAUGAAUUCGGACGAUUUUCUCUCCUAACUAGAACGAAGAGGCAUGAGGAUUGACAAAUUGGGAUCAGUUUGAAGACAGCUCUAACCCAUUCACCUGGAUUUCGCUGACAAUGGAGCCAGCGUUAAAACGUGAAGAUAGCGUUGUUUAAACGCGAAGAUGGCAUUUUUUUUGACAAGCUGAAACCUUUUUUUGAUGGGAUUUCCUAUGGAUUUUUGAAAAUGUUUUAAAACAUCGUAGACAUCGGAUGGCUGUGUCAUGGACUUAAAAUAUUUUUUCACUGUUUUUGAGAAUCACAAAACUUGGCAAUUGUACGUUGUUGGUAUUCAUGCUGUUUUGAAUAAAGUGUUAUGUAUUUUUUCUUUGACUUUGUUUCAUGAGAAUUGUUAUUUUGCCGUUUUCAUUAAAUUCCGGAGUUUCAUAUUUGUAUUACAGUUGGCUACGAUUUUAAAUUAACUUGAUAAUUAAGAUCGGUCGAUGUACUUACAAGGCAAAUGUAAUUACGAAAUAUUGGUAACACCUCUUAAGUCACUUCUGUUUCUAAUAAUCAUGUUUUGUAUUGGGUAUUUUUUGUCAUUAUUCCUUAUGUUUACUCAAUUAUGUCAAUAAAAGUUUUAAAAUGGUGACUCUGACAUGACAUUUAAUGAGAUGAAAUGGUCUCCUAAAGCUUUCUAAAAUGGCUUCUGGUUGUUCUUCUUCCUGCUCAAGCAGGAAGUGAUGCAAUUGCUGCAGAAGGGGAGAGAAAAAAAUUAUUUCCACUCGUUAUUCUUUGUCCAUUUAAGUGAUACUACCACUUACACUUUAAGGUUGUUUUUUUUCUUUUAAAUUGUGAUGAACAUAAUUCCACGUUUCCCUAAACGAAAAGUUAAAGAUGAAGGGGAGGGACUUAAACAUCACCUGAGUGUUGGCUAAAUGAAAAUAACGUCAAUCAAAGGCUUUCAGAGCUAGGAAGGAGCUCUAGAUGGCGGAUGAUCCUUAGGAAGGCUGCUAUGGACUGUCGUCAUUCUGUUUUUCUUGCCCCCUGUGUCGACUGAGGCGACGUCCUGCUCCGUUCUAGUGAUGCCUCCGGUUAUACGCUCGACGUUUUGACCGCUUUGGUGCCGUUUCGCCGAGCUUUUUGGGUGGUUUUUCCGCGUUGAAGGUCUGUCGGGCUGUGGGCAGUGCUUGUCGUUGUUUUCCAUGCAGAGCUCCGGCAGCCAUGGCGCGCCUCCAUUUUUAGUGUGCUGCUGCUCGCCUCUUGUCUCGCUCAGGCUUGACAGCUGAGCAGGUUCUGGGAGGCCUAAAAUGUAUUUAAAAUGGCAUUUUUUUGUAUUUCAUUAAAAUAACUUGCUUUUCCCUGCCGCUUCUGUUAAUUUGACAUUUUAGUUCAUUUUGCAACCGCGGCGAAUCGAAACGAAAUAGUUGAAUGCAUUAGCUGCUACCUUGUUAAGAUUGCUAUGUUUGCAUGGUUUGUUUGAUUAAUCCAACAUUGUUUCAAUGUUUAACUUUAUUUUUUGGUGGUCAUUCUGAUGACGCAGUUAAAAUUAAUUGACGUGAAUCGGCCCACAUUGAAAUGGAUAGCCGAGCAUAUGUAGGCUAAUGGAAUAGCACAUGUCCGUAGGAAGUAUAUUUCGUGUAUAUAAUGUAUAUAUAUUAAAUAUAAUGAUCAAACAUUCGUAUUUAAUUCCACUUUCUCCUCUCGCGUCGCACCGGGGAUUUAAACUGUCUGUCGAGGGGCGAAGACAAUCUUGAGGGACUUGUGUGCUACUUCACGUCUCCUGGCUGGAACUUUUUGACACGAAUACCAGGAGACAAGAUAAUUUCCCAAAGGAUAUAAACGCACAAAAAUAUUCUUCCACGAUGAAGAACAGAAACAAAAAACAAGGGGAUGAAGGAUCGGCACAAAGUAAUGCAUCCAGCAAUUCAGCGUCGGAAGAAUCCAACCGCUCCGCGUCCGAGUCGGGGAGUCAGUCCGAGAGCGAACACGGCAGUGAGAGGCAACCUUCCCGCCGCUCUGAGUCCAACAGCUCGUCGGGAUCCGAGAGUCACUCAGGCAGUGGAAGCGAGUCUGCCGAGUCCAAGAGGCAAGGUAGCGGCGAUCUCAAAGACAAGCCAGUUAAGAAGAAGGAACGUCUAGCUGAUGUCAAGAAGAUGUGGGAGGAACAUCCAGACGUAUAUGGAGUCAGAAGGUCAAAUCGCAGUAGACAAGAACCAUCUCGACUGAAUAUCGGCGCUGGGGGAAGCAGUGACUCAGAAAGUGAAAGUCCCAAAAGAAAAAGCUCUCGAGUAAAGAAGAAGGAUAUCUGGAAUGAUGAUGACUCAAAUGAUGACGAGGAGGAAGCUUCCAGCAGUACAGACAGUGAGCAGGAAGAGAAAAAAGUUAGAUCCAGACGACUUCCUGCUAGAAGACCUCAGACAAAAUCCUCAAACAAAAAAAUGUCCCAAAAAACGAGGAAAUCAAGAAAACAGGAAUCUUCUCCUGAGGACGAAGAUGACGAGGAGGAGGAGGAGGAUGAUGACGAUGAUGAGGAUGAUGAUGACGACACUCCGAAGAGACAAACUCGUCGGAGAGGGGCAACAAAAGUCAAAAGCUAUAAAGAAGACCAACAUGACUUUGAAACAGACUCUGACGAUCUGAUUGAGAUGACAGGCGAUGCGUGCGAGGAACAACAGGAUGAUGACAGCGAGACCAUUGAGAAAGUCAUGGACACCAGGAUCGGCAAAAAAGGAGCCACAGGUGCUCCCACAACCAUGUAUGCAAUGGAGGAGAACGGGGACCCUUGUGAAGGCUUUGACCCCAGUAAUGACGAAGGGGAAACUCAGUAUCUCGUUAAGUGGAAGGGCUGGUCUUACAUCCACAACACAUGGGAGAGCAUGGACUCACUGAUGCAGCAGAAGGUUAAGGGCUUGAAGAAGCUGGACAACUUCAAAAAGAAAAACGAAGAACUCAGCGCAUGGUUGAAUAAGGCAUCUCCUGAGGAUGUGGAGUUCCACAACUGCCAGAUGGAGCUCAUUGCAGACUUGAACAAGCAAUUUCAGUUUGUGGAACGCGUCAUUGCAACUAAAACAGGAAAAACACAUGGAUCCUCUGACUUCCCAUCCCAUAGUCACAAAACGUCAUCCAAUGAGCCCGAGUAUCUAUGCAAGUGGAUGGGGCUCCCAUAUUCUGAAUGCAGCUGGGAAGAUGGCGCGCUCGUCAUGAAGAAGUUCCAACCCUGCAUAGACAGUUUCUUGAGCCGUAACUCUAGCAAAACUGUCCCCUCAAAAGACUGCAAGGUGUUGAAACAAAGGCCGAGAUUUGUUGCUCUGAAAAAGCAGCCGUCGUACAUUGGCGACGAGAAUCUGGAGUUGAGGGACUAUCAACUGGCUGGGCUGAACUGGUUAGCUCACUCUUGGUGCAGGUGUAAUAGCGUCAUCCUGGCAGAUGAAAUGGGUUUGGGAAAGACAAUCCAGACCAUCUCUUUCCUGUCCUACCUGUUCCACCACCAUCAAUUGUAUGGUCCAUUCUUAGUGGUGGUGCCAUUGUCUACGCUAACCUCCUGGCAAAGAGAAUUUGAUACCUGGGCCCCUGACAUGAAUGUAGUAGUCUAUCUCGGUGAUGUCAUGAGCAGAAAAACGAUCCGCGAUUACGAGUGGGUGAACCAUCAAACUAAAAGAAUCCGUUUUAAUGCACUGUUAACCACUUAUGAAAUUCUACUCAAGGACAAGGGGGUCCUGGGCAAUAUCAACUGGGCGUUCCUGGGUGUGGAUGAAGCUCACCGGCUGAAGAAUGAUGAUUCCCUCUUGUACAAAACCUUGAUGGAGUUCAGGUCCAACCACAGGCUCCUCAUUACUGGCACGCCACUGCAGAACUCCCUCAAAGAACUCUGGUCACUGCUGCACUUCCUUAUGCCAGACAAAUUUGACUCAUGGGAGGAUUUUGAGGACGACCACGGCAAAGGAAGAGAGAAUGGCUACCAGAGUCUUCACAAAGUCCUGGAGCCCUUCCUGCUUCGACGAGUCAAAAAGGAUGUGGAAAAAUCCCUUCCUGCCAAAGUGGAGCAGAUUCUCCGUGUUGACAUGAGCGCACAGCAGAAGCAAUUUUACAAGUGGAUUUUAACCCGGAAUUACAAAGCUCUUUCCAAAGGCACCCGAGGCAGCUCCUCGGGCUUCCUGAAUAUUGUAAUGGAGCUGAAAAAAUGCUGCAACCACGGUUUCCUCAUCAAGCAGCCCGAGGAAGGAGAGCCCGAGUCACAAGAGGAACACCUGCAGGCACUGGUGCGGGGCAGCGGGAAGCUAGUGCUGCUGGACAAGCUCCUCACUCGGCUCAGGGAGCGAGGCAACAGAGUGCUCAUCUUCUCGCAGAUGGUCAGAAUGUUGGACAUCCUUGCUGAAUACUUAGCCAAGAAACGAUAUCCGUUCCAGCGAUUAGAUGGCUCCAUCAAAGGAGAAAUUCGAAAACAAGCACUGGAUCACUUCAAUGCUGAAGGUUCAGAGGACUUUUGCUUCCUCCUGUCCACGAGAGCUGGAGGCUUAGGGAUCAACUUGGCCUCAGCUGACACAGUCGUCAUCUUCGACUCGGACUGGAAUCCUCAGAAUGACCUCCAGGCGCAAGCAAGGGCUCAUAGGAUCGGACAAAAGAAGCAGGUGAAUAUAUAUCGGCUGGUCACCAAGGGAACGGUUGAGGAGGACAUCAUUGAGAGGGCAAAGAAGAAAAUGGUUUUGGACCAUUUGGUCAUUCAACGAAUGGACACCACUGGCCGGACUGUUUUGGACAGCAACUCUGGCAACACCAAUUCCAACCCAUUUAACAAAGAAGAGCUAACAGCAAUUCUCAAGUUUGGUGCAGAGGAACUCUUUAAAGAAGCAGAAGGAGAGGAAUCAGAACCUCAGGAAAUGGACAUUGAUGAGAUCCUGAGGUUAGCUGAAACGAGGGAAAGCGAUCAGGGUCAAAGUGCCACUGACGAACUCCUGUCUCAGUUUAAGGUAGCCAAUUUUUCCAGCAUGGAAGAGAGUGCUCCCGACAUGGAGGAAAAACCUUCUCGGGAAUGGGACGACAUCAUCCCCGAGGAUCAGCGGCGUAAAGUCGAGGAAGAGGAGAAGCAGCGGGAAAUGGAUCUAUUUAUGCUGCCUAGAAGUAGAAGCUCCAACAAGCGGGCUCAAGCCAAUGACAGCGACAGCGACGUGGGCUCCAAGCUUAAGCAACAUUCUUCCGGCUCCGACAGCGAAACUGACGACAGCGACGAAGAUAAAAAACCCAAGAAGAGAGGCCGACCUCGAGCUCGCAAAAACAACGUGGACGGUUUUAAUGACGCCGAGAUCCGCAGGUUUAUCAAAGCUUACAAGAAGUUUGGAGCUCCACUUGAACGGUUGGAAGCCAUCGCCCGGGACUCUGAGCUGGUGGACAAGUCCAUCGCAGACCUAAAAAGACUAGGUGAACUCAUUCACAGCAGCUGCUUGGCUGCAGUGCAGGAGCAUGAGGAACACUUGAAAGAGAACCCAGUUGAAGCUAAAGGUCCCGGAAAACGGCGAGGAAUCAACAUCAAGAUCUCAGGAGUGCAAGUCAACGCCAAGUCCAUUAUACAGCAUGAAGAAGAGUUCGAGCCCUUGCACAAGGCUGUCCCGUCUGAUCCUGCCCAGAGGAAUACGUUCAAGCUCUCCUGCAGAGUCAAGGUUGCUCACUUCGACGUGGACUGGAACGUGGAGGACGACGCUCAGCUCUUACUGGGGAUUUAUGAGCAUGGAUUCAGCAACUGGGAUCUGAUCAAGACUGAUCCUGAUCUUAAGCUCUGUGAGAAGAUUCUGCCAGACGAUCCAAGCAAGAAGCCUCAGGCCAAGCAGCUACAAGGGAGAGCAGAGUAUCUCCUCAAGCUGCUCAAAAAGGAACAAGACAGCACAGACGUGUCAAAAACAGGGGACGAGGUCAAAGUGAGAAAGAGAAAACCUCGGGUGAAGAAGGAGAAGGUCGUCAAGGACGAGCAAGGAAAUGACAUCUCGUCCCCACGAUUGUCAGAUAAUCCUUCAGAAGAGGGUGAACUCAAACAGGAGGAAGGCUCCGAAAAGUCUCCAGCCAAGAAACGACAGAAAAAGAAGGACAACAAGGAGAACAAGGAAAAACAGGGAACCACGAAGAAGGAGAAAGAAGGGCAUAAAGAAAAGAAAGGCAACAAGGCCAGGAAAGAAAAGGCCAAAGGAUCCAAAGCAAGGAAAAGUCAAGGACCGGUUCACAUCACGGCAGGUUCCGACCCUGUUCCCAUCGAAGGAAAGGAGGAAGACGAACUGGACCAGGAGACUUUCAGUAUUUGCAAGGAGCGCAUGAGGCCAGUGAAGAAGGCGCUGAAGCAACUGGACAAACCGGACGAAGGCUUGUCAGACCAGGACCAGCUCCAGCACACACGCACAUGCCUGCUGAAGAUCGGAGACCGUAUUACAGAGUGCCUUAAAGCCUACAGCGAUCCAGAGCAUGUGAAAACAUGGCGACGAAACCUCUGGAUUUUUGUGUCCAAAUUUACAGAGUUUGGCGCUAAGAAGUUACACAAGCUCUACAAAAUGGCCCAGAAGAAGCGUUCACAUGAAGAAGAGAAGGAACACAAGAAGAAGGACGACUCCACCGGGAGAGGAAAGUCUAUCCGGCCGGACGCUUCAGCGUCCAGUCGUGACUCGUCGGGUCCGCAAUCGGGGUCUCACUCCAUGCAGUCUGGCCCGCACGGACAUCACAGAGAUUACAACAUGGGUGCCAAACGACAUUUUCCCAACGACGAGCGGGGGGACUGGCAACGGGAGCGCAAGUAUAACCACCCGGGCAACAGCAACCAGUCAUGGCAGGGCGAGCGGCACCACCCGUACGACGGCCACCGCUAUAAGGACCACUACAGCGACCGGCACGCCCAUGGUGACUCCUACCGCAGCUCGGGCGGUUACCGCAACAACAACACGCCGAGAAAGAGGCCCUACGACCAGUACGGCAAUGAGAGGGAUCACCGGUCGCAUCGGCCCUACUACGACAGCUCCAGGCACCAGGACCCGAAAAGACGGCGUCCUGACGACUUCCGCCCCAACUACCACCACCCGGGACGCGAGGGCCCUUCUCAGGACUUCCGUCGGAUGCCGGACCACCGGCCAUCACUGCCGCCAGGCCCGGACCACUACAACAGACCCUUCCUAGGGGACAAACCCCCGCCUCUGGACCCGCGUUCACCUCAGGCCCAAAAGUCCCCGCACGAAGUCCUCUCGUCUCCGGCGGACCCCAACGCUCCGGCCGAGCUCGCCUGGAACAACAGAAAGAACUAAAAGUUUGGACCGGACCACUGAUAAGCUGAAAAGACAGACAACCACCACCCUCAUUGAAGUGACUGGACGCUGUGGAAUGGCUGCUUAGUCCCAUGGACUACAUUUUUUAGGCUGAAUUUAGGACGCAAUGAACUCUUGACUGACCUUAAAGUGCCUGAUGGAUUUUUUUUUUUUUUU